AUGUCUCGGGCAAUCCUACAACCUUAUCGGUUUAACGGUAACGGCGCUAUGGCAGCAGCCCUCUACCCCCCACGCGUCGAAGAAGAUAUAUUGAAAGCUGAAGAAGAAUCUGGCGUCCGAGAGCUAGCCUGGCUUCUGGACACCCUGCAGGAAACAGUCGACAAUGUCCGCUCUGGCCUGCGAGAGUGCUCCAACCUCCUCGCAUCGAGCACAGGCUCUACGCUAGUUCUUUCCUCACCGCGCUCGGAGUCACUCAAGGGGUAUGCGACGCGGGUGGCUAAUAAAGUCAUUAAAUCGGAUAUGCAGGUCAAGAUGUACGGGCUGCCAAAUACAAAGGGGUUUGCCUGCCAUAAACUGAGCUUGGACUCCAAGGGGAAGGGUAUUGUGCUGGAGCAGUUGGCGGAUGUUGGAAAUCACGUUGCGGAGGGUCUGGACAUAGUGAAUGGGGGAAUGGGCGUUGCUGAGAAGCUGGGUGGGGCAAUGAGGAGCGUUCGUGCUGCGAGAGAUGCAUUGAGAGGGACCCAGGCGCAUCGAUUGUUUCCCUACCACGCCAUGGAUCACAGAAUAUUUGACCCUCCACUUCAUCCUCAUCUUGCGCUUGAUGUUUAUAUAUCAGAGGCGGCACUCAUAGUGGAACUACGGACGCUAGAACCAUUAACUCCCCCGGAGCAUCGUGGGCCCGCAUUUGUAUUACCGUCGUUGGAGUCCCCGUUUGGCUUUCGGGAAAGAUUUGCUGCGGCUGUGGGGCUGGGGGGUGGGGGAAAUGGAGUUGGGGCCGCUAAUCAGGACCAGAUUUAUAGCUAUAGAGGGGGGGACGUGCGGGUCAAGGAGAGGGUCAGGGUUGAGAGUCAGGAUCCCAGCUUAAUGGCUAUCUGGGCAAAGCUGGGAGGUCUAGAGCAUGCGUUGGAACUGGUCAUCAAGUCCUUGGACAUCGCGAAGUGUGCAGCUGGAGUUUGCCAGAGAUAGGAUUGAUUGUUCUUUGCAGAUGCGUCUUUGAUUGGACCGAUUGUGCUGAGGACCUUGAAA